UGGAUGACACCUAUUUCUAAAUCAUCAUCAAGAUAGUUUGAGAAUGGACAAUGCUAUCAAGAGCUUAAAGUAUAGAUCCAGUCAGAGUAUCUGUGAAUUGGUUGAAAACCUUACCAACUAGAAGCAGCACAUCGUUUGGGGACUUUAACCAGGCCUGCAUGUGCAGAGACAGUUUAGCAAAUGUCUGUUUUGGAGAUUGAGUGAAAUGAAUGAGCUGAGUCUUUUCUAGCAAAGGAUCAGACCUCCUAAGAGCUCAGUGAGCUCAGAUGGAAUUAAAAGCUCUCUCUCUCCCUCUCUUUCUGUGUGUUUCUCUCUCGUCUUUGUGACUCUGCCUCUCUUUCAUUCCCUCCCUUCCUUUCUCCCUCCCUCUCCUCUCUCUUGCUGUGUUGUGGUGCUGACGCUCUCCCCUCCCUCUCUUCCCCUUCCUUAGCUGUAUAUAAGUGUGGAUGACUGUUUGGUGACGGAAAGUGACGGAAAGACAAGUUCAGGCCUCUUGGACGUUAGUUUCAGAUGGACUGCCAUGACCUCUACUGUGACCCCUAAAGAUGAUACUCCAGCAGGGGCAGGAUGAUUGACAGGUGACACGUUUGAUCCCAAGAAUGUAUGUGGUGGCAGUGGGCGGGACAUCCUCCUCCCACCUAGUAGUACCCAUAUCUAUCACCUGCUCUUGGCUGUUACUGUUCUUCAAUUCUGCCUUUGGUCAAAAACCUGCUAAGCUUCCCUUGAUUCGUCGGAAGCCCUUUAUUGCUGCCUGGAACGCUCCGUUAGAUAUGUGUACCAUCAAGUACAAUAUUACAACCAACCUUGAGCAUCUUUUUCACAUACAAGGAAGCCCACGUGCUACUUGGACAGGGCAAAACGUAACAAUUUUUUAUGCAAACCGGCUUGGCCACUACCCCUACUACACGUCACAAGGCAAAGCCAUUCAUGGAGGUCUGCCUCAAAACUGCAGCCUGGACAUGCAUCUGCUCAAAGCUUAUCAGCACAUUGUUCACUUCAUUCCUUCAGAGGAUUUCCGUGGCCUGGCUGUCAUUGACUGGGAGUUCUGGCGACCUCAGUGGGACCGUAACUGGCACAAAAAGAACAUUUACAGGCAAAAGUCGAAGGAGCUGACCAAGAAGGCGUAUGUUAAUGUGACUGCAGCUCAGGUGGAGGUGCUGGCUCAGAGGCGAUUUGAGAAAAGUGCUAAAACGUUCAUGCAAAGGACAAUACAGUUGGGAACACGGCUAAGGCCCAAUGCCCUCUGGGGUUUCUACCUCUACCCAGACUGUCACAACUACAACUUGCACGACCAGAACUACACGGGCCUGUGUCCCCUGCCGGAGAUGAUGAGGAACAAUGAGCUGUUGUGGCUGUGGAACAGCAGUACAGCGUUGUUUCCCUCUGUGGCAAUCAGAAAGAGUCACUCCAACAGCAUCAGUAACUGGCACUUUGCCCACAACAGAAUCCAAGAGUCUCUCCGGAUUGCCUCACUUACCUCAAGGGAGUAUGACCUUCCCACCUACGUCUACCUGAGACUAGGCUACCGAGAUGAUGCACUGGCUUUUCUUACCACAAAAGACUUGAUUCAUACUAUUGGGGAGAGUGCUGCUCUGGGAGCUGCAGGGUUCAUCAUCUGGGGAGACCUUAACUUGACCUCAUCCAGGCAUAACUGCACUUUGGUGAAGUCCUUCUUGACUCGUCGCCUUGGUCGGUAUAUCACCAAUGUAACCCGUGCUGCUGAAGUCUGCAGUGAAUUCCUCUGCCAAGGGAACGGCCGGUGUGUCCGCCAAGACCCCCUUGCCCACCACUACCUCCAUCUGAGCUCUGAGAAUUACCAAAUUCACCCCUUAGGGAACGGGACCUUUACUGUCAGUGGGUGGCCAUCACAGAAUGACCUGCAGCAGCUCACCAACAGAUUUCGCUGCCACUGCUAUGAAGGCCAUGAAGGACACAGAUGUGACAGUUUAAACAAAGUAAAGGAGGAUGACGAGCUGAGGAGGGAAGAGAAGAACAAGCAAGAACGAAAGAGGACUGAGUGGGAGGAUGAGCAGGGUGGGCUGUGGGAGAACAGGGAGAGUUCUGCCCUGCCACUUGGUUGCUCUCAUUACCAGAUACUAUUAUUGCUACAUUUGAACUUACUGCUCAUACAGAUGGUUGUAUAGUUCUAUGAAAAUUUCACCCCAAACACAGUUUGGAUAGAUAAUUUUACACACAAUUUCUAUUUUGUUUUAUGCAAAGAUGGGUAAACAUGAAUUUAUUAGCACAAAUAUACAACAAAAUGAUUUUGUCUUAUUUCACUUGUCAAAAAAACAAACAGCUUUAUCAAUUGUGAUUAGAGGUAUCAGACUCAACAGAUGUGGUCAGGUCAGCAGUCACAUCAUUAAGUGUGAACAAUUGUAAAACCAUGAAGGGAGACGAGUCAAGGCUGCAGAGCAGGUGUUAGAGAGAAGCUACCUGAGGCCGUCUUCUCUGCUUCUUGUUGGUUUUUCCUGUUCAGCCUUUUCACUCAUCUCAGACCAGCUGCCUUCCUUCUGCUUGAGACGUAGAUUAACCACUGAGUUUACUUCUCAGUGUCGGGAUAUCAUAUUGUUUAGCUGCUGUUCAAUUUCUAUAAUUUAGAGCUUAGACUGGCUAUAUCGGACUGUGUAUACUGAACCACACCACUGAGCCUGUGUUUGGAUGUUUUAUCCUUGGGACAAUAUUCCACUUCUUCUUUUUGCCCUCAGUGGAUUGAGUUGAAUGUUGUCAUUUGGAUGCCUUAACAUCAGUCCAGUAAAGGUAUUGUAAUGAAUAUAAUAA